AUGCUUAGUCGUGAAGUGCCUGGUCAACUGGUGAGCUGGCUGACUCGACCAACGCCGAACUUGAACGCCCCUCGUCCUUCGAACGAAAUCAUCACCACCACCACCACCACCUUUUUUUGCAUUGCUUCUUCCUUGUUCAAGACGGAGGUUGACCAGGUUCAGGAUGGUGUCAAGAAUGAUCAGGAGCGCACAAAAAGCCCCAAUCAGUUGGAAAGCGACCCUUCUCUCAGCUGA